AUGAAUUAUUCAGAGAUCGAUGAAGAUGAUGAAGAUUUAUAUGAGGGUUUAGAAGGAGAUAAUUUGGACACUUUUGAGAAAAAAGUUGAAGAAAAAAAGAAGGAAGUUGAAAAGCCUAUAAAGCCAAAAGAACAAUCGUUUGAUAAGUCUCGAAGAAAUUUAUUCAAAAAAUUAUGUGGAGGAAAAGUUACCUAUACAAAAAAGGAACCUUGUUUAUUGUUUGGAGCCCCGCAAGCAACGGAAGAAGCAGCAGAUAUAAGUUUAGGAGAAGAAAAGGUAGAGUUUCUUUUACUACUAAAUUUGGUAUAUUAUAUAAAUGAUAUAAUAAUAAGAAAACAUUGUGAGAAAUUUGGAAAAGUUAAAAGGGUUUUAAUAUUAGAAGAUAAUGUAUAUUGUAAAUCUUUAGGUAUUUGUUUAGUUGAAUUUUCUUAUUUAGAUAAUACACAGAAUUAUUCUUUAUAUUUAAAAGAGAAUUUAAAAGUUACUGUUAAAAAAUUAGAUGGAUAUCUUGAAGAACAAAUAAAAAAUGAUGAAUUAUAUAAUUAUGGUGGUUAUUUAGAUUAUGAUAUUAUUGAGAAAAUAAAAAAUGAACAUAUGGAUAUAUUAAAAAAUAAAGAUAAUCUGUAUGAUACAUUAUUUAACAAAUCAUUAAAUUUAAAUAAACAUCCUUUAUUCCCUUGGUUUAAUACUAACUUAAAAGAUGUUCUAAAUACAUAUAUUAAAUCGGAAUUAAAAAAAAAAAAAAAAAAUCAAGCAAAUAAUAAUAAUAGUGAAUAUACAGAGAAACAAUAUGAAAGUAAUUCUUCCGAUUCAGAUAGUGAUAUUUCUACACAUGUUCUUAAUUAUAUUCAAAAAAAAAAUAAAUACAUUAAUUAUAAUAAUAAAACAUGA